UUUACAUUGACCAAAAAUGGUUGACAAGUUGGAGCAAACUUUUCAGAAUUAGGAUGGUCAGAAUGGCUGAGAUUGAGAUAAAGAAAUGUGGUGUCAAGUUUGAUCCUCCAGCAAUAGUUGUCAUUUAUGGUGACAAGGGGGCGUCUAAAACUAGAAGAAGGACAAUGCCUCUUCAUGACUUCGAUAAAAAAUCUAAUAUUGAUAAGGCAGUUGAAAAUUUACAUUCAAAUCCAAAGCAUGGCAAGUAUGUGUCACAAAUCUCCAAAGCUCAACUGACAAGACUUGUUACAAUAAUCAGAGACAAGCUGAACGGCAUGAGCUUGGAAGCAAGUCUAGCGCGCAACGAUGAUUUGGAUAAAAUCGAUCCCGAACAGAAUCUGAAUGCUGUGGAUGAGGAAACUUUACAACGCAAAAAGGUUGUGAUGGAUCAAACAUUUGUGAAACAUCAAUUGAAACCUGGAGACCCUGGAUUCGAGUAUGAUGUUCAGGUGGAGUUUGAUGAAGAACAGGUUAUAGAAUCUGGCUGGGACUCAGGCGACGGCUCAGAUUUUGAAUUCUAGAUGUGAAUCAAUAUUGUGUUACUGGCUGUUGGGAGUUAUAGAUAUAUUAAGAGUUGAAGUGGAUUUUUAAUUAUAGUUACGACCAUGACAUUGUUAGUGUUACUGACUUUGUCCGAAAUGAUGUUUCCCAUUUUUUUAUUGCAGUGAUGAAAUUUGUACAAGCCCUGCAAAAUGUUAGUGGCAAUGGGGUUUGUUAAAAUACAUAGUCAGCUUAGUUACAAUUGCACCAAGCAGUAGCAUUAAGAACUUUUGGCCGGUAUUCAUACAAAAUCUUGAGUCAUUUCCUAAGUUAAGUAUCUCACUGGUCAUUUACUAUACUAAUUAGAAAUUUAUAAUAUCUAGAUACAGUUUUUAUCAAUUUAUAAAGUAUACAUACUUUAGGAAAUCACCUUUUAAUUUUCAAAAUGACUCAAGAUGUUUAUGAUUACCCUGGCCCCAAUUUCUCGAAACUUCUUAAGUCCCUUAUUUAUAACAGGAUUAAGCUAAGCUCACUAUUUUUGUUUUUCAUUAAUUUGCCUAACAUUAAUUUUUUAAAAAGUUUUUAUACUUUUGAUAGGAAUUAUCUUUAUGAUACGGUAAUCACAGUUAACCAUUUUUCAUUCAUCCAAAUUUGAUUUAAGUACGUAUUUCCGCUUAUAAUUGAAAUAAGCUACUUAAGCCUGUUAAGCUUAAGAUGUUUCGAGAUUUGGGGCCAGGUUUGUAAGUUGUUGAUCCAAAUGUCUAAGUUGGAUAGAUAGACAUACAGAAUCAUGAAUGUCUUUGAUACAUGUAGGUAAAUGGUAGCAUUGUAUGCCGUGUUGCAAUAUCCCUGAGUGCUGAUUCAAUAAAGCUCUGAGUCGUAAACUGAAAUAAUCUUACUCUUAGGGGUGGGUCCAGGAAUUGAUGUUCGAGGGGGCAUAACUUAGGGGGACAACCUAGUGACAUUCACCCUCACUCAGAACCAAAAAAAAUAAAUGGCUUAAAAUGCUGACAGGGAGGUCUUGGGGUAUUCCUGAAGAAAAUGUUAAAAAUUUCUAGUCUGAAAUGGUGCAUAAUUGAGGGUGGGCACCCCCCAGUCGCCCCCCCCCAUUAAUAUCGCUUGUGGUCAUAGUUACAUUCUUUUUCUACAUAUUCGAGUGAAAUCCACUAAUAAAACUGAACACAAAGCUGUUGAAAUAAAAAAUCAAUGUGUGGGCGUUUGUGACGUUUAUACAGAUUUAAGAUAAUUGUAAUAGCAACUGAAACUCUUUAUUGAAACAGGCCCCUGAUUAGUGAGUAAAAGUUGUCCAGCCUCGGAUGUCUAUGUUGAAACACAUUCUAUUUAUUUUUUUGUGAAAUGAAAUACAUGUUGAUAAUGAUAUGCAUGUUCAUGUAUGAGUUUCACACAAAUCCAGGUAUUCAUAAACAUAGCUGUACAAAAUUUUAUGUAUCAUAUUAUACAUUUCAUGAAGUUUAAUUUAUAAAAAAUAUUGCAAUUCAUGUUUUUAUACCUGGUACGUUUGAAAUUGUACCAAAAAAAGUGGUUGUGAUUGAAGUGAUUUUGUUUGGACUGUGAACAUUUUGUUAAUCAAACUAUUUACAACUUUAUUAUAAUAAUUUACAUAAAAUAAGUUGUUAUUCAGCAUUUAAAUGUCAUGGGGUUUUAUUGUCAUUGUUUAAUCAGAUUCUGAGCCUGUGUGCCUAGCACCAACAAACAACUCUAUAAAUAGAUUCUGCUCUUUCACCUUAUAAAACAUAUAUGAUUGAGAUAAAUCCUUAUAUUAAUUUUUAAUACAUCUAAAUUUAAAGGUAGUAUUUUGAAAAUGAUGUACAUGUAGUAUCUGAUAUCACACCCAACAUGUUUUUCAAAAAAUACUUAAUAUUUGAUGGCUCACAAUUAAGCGUAAUAUAUACAUGUAUAAUAAUUGUUCAAAAAUACACAUGUAUAAUAAUUGUUCAAAAAUACACAUGUAUGAUAAUUUUUCAAAUAUACACAUGUAUAAUAAUUGUUCAAAUAUACACAUGUAUAAUAAUUUUUCAAAUAUACACAUGUAUAAUAAUUUUUCAAUAAGUGUACAGCAGGGCACAUACUUAAUACAUGUAGAGGGAAAAACAUAUGGAAUAAUCACAUUUAAAAUAAAUUCUAUAGAAUACCCCUCCCCCACACACCUAUGCUGUGAUUAUAAGCCUGUGAACAGCAGCUAUUUUUUCUCACUUAUUAUGUGGGCCCGCUGGAGGUCUUACUUAUUGGGAUAUAUGUGGGAUUUUGACUACAAAUGAAUAAGAACGCUUACAUAAACUGAAAAAAUAAAAGAAUGUGAUAAAGAUGUUUUUAGCUCACCUGUCACAUAGUGACAAGGUGAGCUUUUGUGAUCACAAUUUGUCCGGCGUCCGUCCGUCGUCUGUCCAUAAACUUUUACUUUAAACGACAUCUCCUCAUAAACCGCUUAGCCAAUUUCAUCCAAACUUCACAGGAAUGUUCCUUGGGUGGUCCCCUUUGAAAAUUGUUCAAAGAAUUGAAUUCCAUGCAGAACUCUGGUUGCCAUGGCAAUGGAAAGGAAAAAACUUUAAAAAUCUUCUUCUCCCAAACCACAAGGCUUAGGCCGUUGAUAUAUGGUAGGUAGGAUCACCAAAUGGUCCUCUACCAAGAUUGUUCAAAUUAUGGCCCUUGGGUCAAAAUUGGCCCCGCCCCGGGGGGUCAUGGGUUUUCUCUAUAUGUUUAUAGUGAAAACUUAAAAAAUCUUCUCCUCUGAACUUACUUGGCCUAGAGCUUAGAUAUUUGUCAUGAUUCAUCGUCUAGUGGACCUCUACAAAGUUUGUUCAAAUUAUGGCCCUGGGGUCAAAAUUGGCCCCGCCCCGGGGUGUCAUGGGUAUGCUCUAUAUGUUUAUAGUUAAAACUUCAAAAAUCUUCUCCUCUGAACUUACUUGGACUAGAGCUUAGAUAUUUUGCAUGAUUCAUCGUCUAGUGGACCUUUACAAAGAUUGUUCAAAUAAUGGCCUUGGGGUCAAAAUUGGCUCCGCCCCGGGGGGUCAUGGGUUUUCUCUAUAUGUUUGUAGUGAAAACUUCAAAAAUCUUCUCCUUUGAACUUACUUGGACUCGAGCUUAGAUAUUUGGCAUGAUUCAUCGUCUAGUGGACCUCUACAAAGAUUGUUCAAAUUAUGGCCUUGGGGUCAAAAUUGGCCCCGCCCCGGGGGAUCAUGGGUAUUCUCUAUAUGUUUAUAGUGAAAACUUCAAAAAUCUUCUCCUCUUAACUUACUUGGACUAGAGCUUAGAUAUUUGGCAUGAUUCAUCGUCUAGUGGACCUCUACAAAGAUUGUUCAAAUUAUGGCCCUGUGGUCAAAAUUGGCCCCGCCCCUGGGUGGUCAUGGGUUUUCUCUAUAUGUUUAUAUUAAAAAAAAUCAAAAAUCUCCUCUGAACUUACGUUGCUUAGAGCUUAGAUAUUUGGCUUGAUUCAUCGUCUAGUGGACCUCUACAAAGAUUGUUCAAAUUAUGGCCUUGGGGUCAAAAUUGGCCCCGCCCAGGGGGGUUAGGGUAUUCUCUAUAUGUUUAUAGUUAAAACUUCAAAAAUCUUCUCCUCUGAACUUACUUGGACUAGAGCUUAGAUAUUUAGCAUGAUUCAACGUCAAGUGAACCUCUACAAAGAUUGUUCAAAUUAUGGCCUUGGGGUCAAAAUUGGCCCCACCCCCUUCGGGGGUCAUGGGUUUUCUCUGUAUGUUUUUAGUGAAAACUUCAAAAAUCAUCUCCUCUGAACUUACGUGGCUUAGAGCUUAGAUAUUUGGCAUGAUUCAUCGUCAAGUGGACCUCUACAAAGUUUGUUCAAAUUAUGGCCCUGGGGUCAAAAUUGGCCACACCCCGGGGCUGAUGGGUUUUCUCUAUAUGUGUUAUAGGGAAAACUUAAAAAAUCUUCUCCGAACUCACAAAGACAAGUAACGUCUUAAUUUAAACUGGAUAACAUAUUUAGUACACAUACCAAUUUUCAAUAUGGGCCACAUACAACAAUUAAUAACAAAUAUACAUAUAUAGAUACACACGUAAAAUCAAGUAGUGACAAGAGCUUAGAUAUUUGGCAUGAUAUAUCAUCUAGUUGACUUGUACCAAUAUUGUUCAAUCUUUGGCCCUGGGGUCAAAAAAUGGCCCCACCCGGGCGGUCAUGGGUUUCCUUAUAUAUGUAUAUGAUGAAAACUUAUAAAAUCUUCUCCGAAACCAAAAGGCGAAGGCCUUAGAUAUUUGGUAUGAAGCAUUGUUUAUCGGACCACUAUUAAGAUUGUUCAAACUUUAGCCCUGGGGUCAAAAUUGGCCACGCCCCGUGUUCAUAGGCUUAGGUUUUCAAUAUAUUUAUAUAGUCUUAUAUAAUAAAACUUUAAAAAUCCUCUUCUCCAAAAUAUUAGACCUAGAGCUUUCAUAUUUGGUAUAUAGUGUUACCUAGUGGACCUACACCAAAGGUAUUCAAAUUAUUGUCCCGGGGUCAAAUUGGCCUUGCUCAGGGGUCAUUUGUUUUUACAUUGUCUUGUCACUUAAACAUCUUUUCCUCUGAAAGUAAAGGUCAGAAUGACUCCAUACUUGAUAUGUAGCAUCCUUACUUGGUCCUCUCUCAACUUUGUUCAAAUGGUUUUGUUUGGCCCCUUUUAGGGGUCACCAGAGCAAAAAAUAGAAAAACCUUUAAACAACUUGAUCUUAUUAACUGCUUGAUGGAUCUUCAAGUCUGAAGCAUCCUAGCAUGGGCCUCUGUCAGGUCUUUUCAAAUAAUUUUGUUUGGCCCCUUUUAAGGGCCACCAGAGCUAAAAUUAGUAAAAAAAACUUAGCAUUUUCUUCGCAUGAACCCCUUGAUAGAUCUUCAGCAAAUUUGGUUUGAAGUGUCCUUGCAUGGACCUCUCUUAAAUUUGUUCACAUAAUUUUGUUUGGCCCGGUUGCCAUGGCAACCUAAAGGAAAAUGUCAACAAUUGGUUAUAAUCAUCUUCUUCUCCUAAACCGCUUUGACAAUUUUGAUGAAACUUCAUAGGAAUGAUCCUUGGUUGGUGCUUUUUCAAAAUUGUUCAAAGAAAUUAAUUCCAUGUAGAACUCUUGUUGACAUGGCAACCUAAAGGAAAAGUGUCAACAAUUGGUUACAAUCAUCUUCUUCUCCUAAACCGCUUGGACAAUUUUGAUGAAACUUCAUAGGAAUGAUCCUUGGUUGGUGCUUUUUCAAAAUUGUUCAAAAAAAUUAAUUCCAUGCAGAACUCUGGUUGCCAUGGCAACCUGAAGGAAAAUAUAGGCUGUCGUGUCCGUGCUGUGACUUACUCUUAUAUGGACAGAUUUUAAAAUGACUUGCCAUAUGUUUUCGACAUACCAAGACAACGUGUCGUGUGCAAGACCCAUGUCCCUACCUCUAAGGUGAAAGAUACACUAAGUGUUUAUUCACAAUGGAAUGCUGAAUAUGAGGACAUAAAAAGUGUUGGCUGUCAUUUAGUAUGAUUGGUUUUUUUCUAUGCUCAGAGGCAAUUUAAUAUAACUUCCAAUAUGUAUUUGACACAUAAAGGCAAGAUCAACUUUUUAUUUACUUGUUCAUAGAUCAAUGUCACAUUGGGGGGCAUUUGUCACAUACUUUGACAGCUCUUGUUCAAUAUUCUUUGAGAAACAAGCUAUAUUAAUAACAAAGGUUAAACUCUUUUACUCAGGUGAGCGAUUUAGGGCCAUCAUGGCCCUCUUGUUUUUAAAAAGAUUCCUACUCUUUCAUAAAAAACAUUUGGGGUUCCAUAUUUUUAUUAUUUCAUAAUUCUUUUUUUAUAUUAUAUAAAAUUGGGAUUUUUUUUCACCUUUGGCAAAAAUUAGUAUAUGUUUCAGCAUAAGGAAUACCGCUGAAAACAUCAGGCAGAAUUUCAACCCCUAAUAUGUCAGGAAAACAAACUGUGAACAUGAAUAUCAUAAGUCAUCCUACAAAUAAUUGAUAUAUAGGAAUGCCAUACCUACGUGUGAUUGUGUUUCCAUCCCAUGCAGAGGUUCAAGGCUGUAUUUUACAGUUUGCCUAUCGAAACCACGUGGGAAUUAUACAACUAUGAACAUAGCAAAAAAUUGUUUGUGAUAUCUGUUAAAUGUUUGUACAUAUGUUUAAUAACUAUCUUCCCAAUAGGAACCAGCAGGAAGCAACAUUGACCUUCCUGUGUAAAAAUAAAUGGACUGGUUGAACCAUUUUGAUCUUAUAUAAUUUUGUAAUUUUUCUAACAUUUAAAGUGAAAUUUUCAGUUUACGCCUUCUUAUUUUAUCAAAUCUGGUUAAGGUCUUCAAGCAAUUUAUAAUGAGAACGUUAAAACUAUGUACAUCGACUCAGAUGUUUAAGAUAAUUAACAAGAUUUAAGAUGUUCAGAUGAAUUACACAAGGCCAUGCCAAGUACAUUGUAUUUCUAUGUUUAGGAUUAUAAGGCUUGUUGGUAUAUGUAUAUGGUCGGUAUAUUAUGUGCAGACAUACAACAAUAACUUUAAUCCUAUAAUAAAUUGUUUGGAAAUUAAAUAAUAAUGGGGUUUCAUAGUCUUCCUGUUGGCGGUGAAGGCAAAGUGGAUUUUGAAGAGAAAAAAGAAUGCCCUUGUUCAAAAUGGUCAAAUGGAACUUAGUCCACAAGUUGCCAAAGGCAAUACACAUUUGUAUAGCAAGACUGAGAACUCUGGCUGUAAUGACUGCUGAGUUUUGCCCCUUUGUGGACAGUUGAAUUAUAAGAGAAAAAAUGCAUUUACAAAGCUAAUAUAAUCAAGAACCAUUAGAAGCAUUUCACUAACCAUAACACUAUUAAGCAUUAUAACAUUUAGAAACUGCAGGGAUAUCAUAGCUUCUUAUUUUAAACAUUUACAUUGCUGGACUGUUUUUUGAGCCUCUGUUGUAUAUAUCCCAAAGCAGAUCACUUUUCGAGCAUUGACUUGUUUUUCCAUUUACAUUUUUUGCUUACUAGCGGCUAGUUCUUGUACUCAUUAAUAAACUACGGGCAAGGUGCUUAAAAAGUGUGAAGUCAGAGAGUGUUUAUUAGACCAUAUGACAAUUUUUAUGAAGUAGAUAAUCUUUCUCAAUCACUUUGAGGUCACCGUAUCAAUAAAUAUAGCAUAUGUGUUUGUUCUUUAAGCCAAUUGAAAGAGCAAACUAACAGAAAAUCACAUAAUAAAAUUUUUGUUUGAGCCAAAUUUUCUUUUUAUUAUUUUUAUCAGGGUAUACAGACAAAACAGGUCUUGGACGUCCCCCACACAUUCCUGGCAAAUACACUUUACACUAACACAAAUCAUCUCUUGUUUGGCUUUAGCAAAAUAUGUACAAAAAUCACGUUAUUUUAUAAAAGCAAUAGUCCACCUGAACUAUUCUCUCAGAACCAGAUGAGAAUCGAAACAUGAUUUUUCUUCAGCCUUAAUUUUCUAGCCGUUUGUUGCUAAAAACCUACAUGUAUUGUAGAAGAUACCUUAUCACUUUAAAUUUUUAAUAAACAUGUUUAUAUGAAUGUCCGCUAUAAAGCACAUUGGGGGCCAACUUUUAUCACCGUGGACACCACAAAAUGUGAUAACAUUAGGAAAUUCAGUUGCGAGUGUCAGAAAUUGAAUUAAGGUUUUAAUAACAAUUCAAAUAAACCCAGUCCACUUGUAGACUAUGUGUUACAUGUAUAUAACACACUGUAUUUGUUCAUGUAUUAUGUUGCUAGGUCAUGUGUUCAGAAUGUUCAAAUCCGUCCAUAGUUUGUUCUGUUUUUAUGCUUUUGUUUAUGGCAAUAUGUUUAUAAAAAAUUGUAGUUGAUUAAAAUAGGGUACAUGUAACUGCCAGAGAACCUGGUCAUUUACAGGACACAGAGCAUGUAAUGUAUUAAAUAAAAAGAACCACUUUUUUACAUUACCCUUGUUUGUUAAGCAGUAUAGUUGUACACAUGUUUAGAAAAUGAAACAAGUUUAUAGAAUACAUACAAAAGUAUAUCUAGACACCAGACAAUAAAUAUAAGAUAUACCAUUUGCUGUAUUCACAAUCAUUCUUAUCCUUGUCCAUAGAAACACAUCAGUAGUUUGAUUCAGUCAGCCAGUCCAUUGGCCAGUUAUUUUUACAGUUUUAUCAAAACGCUUGGAUUCUAAUCUUAAAAUAAAGUGAACUAUAAGUUGGUUAUGAAUACAGCCCCACAUUGUGAUCAUCAUAGUGUACAGUGUAGAUCCAACUGGCGUCUAUGUGCAUGGCCAUCCUGUCAACGAAUGUACAAAAAUAUUGUAAGGUCAAGAAUUUCAGUUUCAGAUUAUGGUAUUAUCACAAAUGAUAUUGAUUUUUUUGGUCUUACUACUUCAUUAUUAUAAUUUGUUUUGAAAUUUGUAUAAUUUCUACUCGGUUAUAAUUAUCGUACAUUAUGAUUAUUGAUAAAAGGGUCCUUACAUGUAUAUACAAAUCGAGGGCUCGACACUUAAAUGUAAUUACUACCCUAAUUCAUGUGAGAGGUUAUGACACUGUUUCACUGUUUAAGCAUAAUAGUUAGAAUUAGUUUAUUUAAUUGUAUUUAGCUGUUUGUCAUUUGCAUUUUUUGCUCAGUGUUAUUUUUAUGCAACAUUUGUGGAUUGUAUUUGAUAGAUAGAACCUCUAAAGAAUUACAUGUAUUA